AUGCAUCGGUAUUCAAUGGAUCAUUAUCAAUCGUAUCCCAUGUACCCUGGGGCUCGCAACCCCAGAAUGAGCAUGGAUUCCAACUCGUCGUUGGGCAGUAACAAUCCUUAUCAACGCUUUCUUUCGCCAUCCCCCACCCGAUCCUCUAUGAGCUAUAGACGUUCAUCCCCAAUCCCGCCUCCGGAUUACGAUGACAUUAUGUACGAGGCUCCUCAUCACCGCCGUGGAAGACGUCGCUCUGGGCAAAAACUUCGUCACUCCCAAAUCGUCAGCCCCGAUAUCAUUGACCGCUUAGACUCCGCGGCCUUGUUCUCUUAUCACCACGAAGGGCCAUAUGAUGCUGUCUACCCUGAGCGCAACAGGAUUACUCGGGAAAGCCCCAUUGAGGCCCUUCGAGAGUCUAACGCUGAGGCCCUCAGAGCAACUCCACACCACAAAAUUGCCGACUCUGUCAACCGCCAGCGCCCUCUUGACGGGGUUGCUUACUUCCCUCCCGGACAUACCGAUCCAGAAGGCCAGACCUAUGAUUACGAGGAAGGAUACAAUUUGAUGAAUGACGCUGGCAACUUUACCCGCUUUUUCAAAUUCACCGAUGAAGAUUUCAGAAACGAUCCCUUCUACAACACCCCCGCGAAGCCGUUUGCUCCGAUACGGAACGUUUUCCGACGGAAGCACAGGGUCUCCGCCUAA